CAAGGAAUUAGGAAAGUGUUAACAAAACCUUCAUAUAUUAUGUCAAUAGCAGUACUUCUUUUAAAUUCUAAUUAGUCUGUUAAUUAUAAAUGAUGGCAGAAAACUCUUUAAAUAUACUUAUCGGAGUGACUGGAAGUGUUGCUGCAAUAAAACUACCUUUACUUAUUGAAAAUUUACUUGAUAUAAACGCAAAUCAGAAAUAUAUUAUUAAGAUCAAUGUUAUAUGCACCGAACACGCCAAACAUUUCUUUAAUGAAAACGAUUUAUCACAUUUUUCUUAUCGUUUAUAUGACGACGCUUCGGAGUGGAAAAGCUGGCAGGGCAGAGGAGAUCCUAUAAUACACAUUGAUUUGGGAAAAUGGGCGGACAUGAUGGUUAUUGCACCCUUGGAUGCCAAUACACUAGCAAAAAUGUCUCAGGGUAUAUGUGACAAUCUCUUAACAUGCACAGUCAGGGCAUGGGAUAUGUCUAAACCAUUGUUAUUCUGUCCUGCAAUGAACACGAGGAUGUGGGAGCAUCCUAUAACAUCUAAGCAAAUAGCAGUAUUGCAGGAGUGGGGUCAUGAAGAAAUACCCCCUAUAGACAAAAAGCUGAUGUGCGGAGAUAAAGGUGUUGGAGCUAUGGCAGAGGUUCACACAAUUGUGCAGAGAAUUAGGAGUAUUGCUAACAAAAUAUUUGAAAAUAGAAAACAAAAUCCAACAAAUAAAACAUGAUAUUAUUUGUAUAUAUUUUUUAUAAUUUAUUGUUAUAUUAUUAUAUAAAUAUACAAUGUUCAAAAAGACUGAUAUUACGCAGUGUUAAAAAAAUAUUAUAUUAUUAGCUUUUAUUAAAUUAAAUUGUUUUAAAUAAUUAAU